AUGACGCGAGCUCUACCAAGCUCUACCAAGGACUUUGCGCUAUUUUUGAAACUUGAGCAGACGCUGCUGCGGAAACAUCUCAGUGAGAUGUUGACUGGAGCUGGAUCUGUCGAUGAUCGAGCACAGCGAAAUCGCGCUCAUGUCAAGAAGAUAAAGACUGUCAACACUAAUAAAAGAGAGAAGAAGGACAACGCUGGAUGCUCAAAUUCUUCAACUUUGAAUAAUUUAUUGCUUGUGAUUUUAGAAGUUAAGACACCAUUGCUUUUGCGUUGA